AUGAGGCGACCAGUCGGCGGCGGCAGCGGCGGGCUCCGGGAGGCGGCGGCGAGCACCGUGGUGCGCGACCAGGCGUCGGCGGCAGCAGCAACAGCAGCGGGCACCAGGAGACGGCUACACGACGACCACGCGGCGGCAGGGAGCACCGUGAGGCGGCAGCGGCAGCAGCAGCAGCAGCAGCGAAUGCCGCGGCGGGCUCCGGGAGGCGGCGGCGAGCACCGUGGUGCGCGACCAGGCGUCGGCGGCAGCAGCAACAGCAGCGGGCUCCAGGAGACGGCUACACGACGACCAGGCGGCGGCAGGGAGCACCGUGAGGCGGCAGCGGCAGCAGCAGCAGCAGCAGCGAAGGCCGGCAUGAGGCGACCAGUCGGCGGCGGCAGCGGCGGGCUCCGGGAGGCGGCGGCGAGCACCGUGGUGCGCGACCAGGCGUCGGCGGCAGCAGCAACAGCAGCGGGCACCAGGAGACGGCUACACGACGACCAGGCGGCGGCAGGGAGCACCGGGAGGCGGCAGCGGCAGCAGCAGCAGCAGCGAAUGCCGGCAUGA